UUUUUUUUUUUUUUUUUUUUUUUUCGCACUGCAAAUCAGUUUUGCGUUUGGACUCCACUGGACACGGUGUGAAGCUCUGUGUGCGACCCGGGUCAUCAUCUGAUGCCCUGCCUGAUGGGAAUUUUAAAAGUAAAUGCAGGAUUAGGGGAUUACGCCAAAGUGUUGAAACGUGGCCAGGAUCAUGACACAGCAGCACCUGCCCUGCGCCGGGGCUCAGCUGAAAAGCAACUUGACCGGGAGAUCCGCUUCCCUGUCUCCAUGCCUACGGCGAGGGGCUGUUCGUGUUUUACCGGAGCAUGCUCAGUUUGGCUCGCUUCCCCCUAACAAUAGCCAGCGAGAGGGCUCGCACUGACACACGCAAACACACACACACGCACGCACACACACACACACACACACACACACACACACACACACACACACACACACACACACACACACACACACACACACACACAUUCUCUCUCUCUCUCAGAGUCUAGCCCGGCUCGCAGUGGGAGCGAGACGGAGAGGAGAGGCUGCACGCUGUGGGGCUGCCGGGCUGCUGAGCUCACGACAUAAUCCAGCCCACAGAAACACAGUAAACAAAGCUCCGACCCCCGUCCGUCCGGCUCGAUAAAAAGGCUCCUGACGGAUCAUCGAACAGGAGGACUGGAGUGGCGCAGACAAACGAGAGGAAGCCGGCUGCCCUGGGAUCUGAGUCAGUGACCUGUUGGACAACACAAGAAGCACGGAGGAUUAAUUAAAAUGGGGCAGCCAUACUUUUUACCUGCCGACUCUGCGACUGAAGGCCUCUCACUCUGCCCACAGCCAUGCCAGACGUGAAGCUUCCCCCACCAUGUGACUACCCCUCCACUUCCUCUGUUGCACUCUCUGCCAGCUCUCCUGCUGGCUGCAGCUCUCCCCUGCACCUCAGGAUCGACAUGGAGCCCUGCAUCGCCAACCUCCGUCUGUCCCCUGACCCCUUGAGCUCGUUUCCCCGCCACAGGCCCUUCCACGCUCUGUCGUACCCGCUGAUGGCCAGGUGCAACAGCAGCACCUUGCUCACCAACUUGGGGUUGAGGUGUUGUUCCAGCCGUCAGGGUAUUCUAGGGGUAGAGCGAGGGCAGGGGAUGGUCCGGGGCUCCUGCAUCGACAUUGGAAGCAAUGGGAGCAGGCCUUACAGGAGUAUGGAGAACCUGAACUGGAACACCGUAGGAGAUUCUGGCUUGUGUGCACUCAGUACUGCACCUUGCAGGACCGUGGACAGCGAGUUUAUUUUACGGUACACCUCUUCUAGCCACUGGUACGACGGACCUCCGGAUGGAUCCGUGCUAGGUGCCCACGGGUUGGUACCCAACGCAGAAGGUUUGGCAUUCUUUCCUCGACACGGGCUACCCAGAAUGGAUCUGCCACUCUUUCCCCAGCUGCUGCUUCCAGGUGGUGUUGAUGAAUGGGAUACAAGGAAGGAACUAAGGGAGAAACUCCGUCUGCAGAGUGCAAGAUCCUCUGUUGAGCCUCUGAGGCCACUCCCAGUGCGGCCUCAGGUGAACCCAAAUGCUUUUGCCAUUGAACGAGAAGGUGCGCAUCAGGGAAUCCCAACAGGCACUUGCUCUAGGCCGACAUGCACAAUGCGCACAUCUCCAGAGGAGAUCAAGCAGGAAGUUUUGAGGCGUUUACAGCUCAGGCGGCAGAACAGCAGCCCCAACCUGACCGUCCAAAGCUCUCAGUCCAGCGCAAAAGUAGCCCAGACGUUCUACACAACAGACAACAUUGCAGGGAACCCAAGUGGGGGAGAGUCUGUCUGUGAGCGUCGUAGACCUCCUGUGGGGCGUCUGUACAUCCCAACAUUUGAGGAGUUUAAGAGAAUGAGGCAGAAGGAGGAAAAGCAAAGUGAGGAGUCUACUGGACGUGAACAAGACCUACUGCAAAAUAAUGAAUCCUUUUCUGAUCAGACUGAGCCUCUGCUUGGACCCGGUGGAGUUCAAAAAGGUAUUUCUGGAGGUGAAGAAGGCGAGGCCCUGCAAACCGCCACCUCUACAGACAAACCUGCUUCAAUCACGACGACCAGUAACAGCACCACAGUUUCCACAUUGCCCUGCGGCUCUGUCACCAGCAGGAACUCCCCCAUCCGAACAGGCCCGUCUCCACGUUCGCCCCUUCAACCCCAGGCUUGCACAGUCCAAGCCCAGGACAAAGCCAUUGUUGUAGGAGGAGAUGAAGGGAGCGCCAGGCGCAGGAGGAGCAGUCUGGAGCCAGCUGGGUCGGUUCCCUUCCUUGCCAGCAGAUUGAACUGGGACCGUCCGUCCAGCUGCUGCCCGGCGCUACUUCUGGAGGGAACGGACCUGUCAAAGUAUGGAGCCAAGAUAUAUAAGAUGAGGGAUGGGCUCAUCGGAUCUGCACUGGACCUCAUCAAGAAAAGCUGCAGUGCAGAGAUCUCCGCCGAGGCCCCAGUCAAGCUGUCAGGUGACCAGGACGGAGGCUGUGACAUCACCGCCCCCUCGCCCGACUGUCAGCCUCUCGCCGUUGCCAUGGCAACGCCGACAACGGCCUGCAGAGCCGAGGCUGGCGACGAGGCGCCUGCAGGAGAAGCGGCAGGAGAAAGGGAAGAGGCUGGAGAAUGCCACGCAGGCCUGGGUUGCAGGCGCUCCAGCUCGGACGCAGCCUACGAGCAGGCAGAGACGGUGAGGGCGCAGCGUGAGUGUCGCCUCCGGCCCCACUACAGCGAUCCCAUGCCGGCGGACGCCUCCAAACGCAAACAGCUGGAAAUGAAGAUCGCCGCUGCUGCCCGGAUCCAUAGUCACCGCCGAGAUAGGGACAGGUACAGAGACAGAGACAGUGCUCCAGCAGCAAUCCGCGGUCACUCUGAGCCGCCGGGCGAGGAGCGUCAGGCGGUUCUGGGCGUGACCCGCUGCGGGCAGCACCGCUGGAGCACCAUCAGCAGCCUGAGCUCAGACAGCGGAGUAGUGGGCCUGAGCGACGAGCGGGACGAAGAGGACCGCGAGCCCCGGCGCCACCGCAGAACCAGGGGGGCAGAGGUGGAGCGGGUAGACAGCGGCAUCGGCCCGGGCCUGUCCCGCACCUGGAAGAGGCCGUCCGCCUCUCUGAGGGCGUGGGAGUCCCAGAGGCCGUGCCCUGACUGCGGACAGAGAGACGGCGUCUCCAAAGAGCGGGGGGAGCGGAUGUGCGAGCGCUGCUCCAAGCUGCGGACGGAGCGCAAGGAGGCCAUCUUGGAGUUCUUGAACACCGAGUCGAGCUACGGCGAGGACCUGCGGAUCAUCAAGGAGGAGUUCUACUGCCCCAUGCAGAGCGCCGGGCUGCUGACGGCCGAGCAGCUUGCUGUGGUGUUCGGCAACGUUCAGGAGCUUAUAGACGUCAGCGACCGCUUCACUGAACACCUGCAGGACAGCAUUGAUCAGGCCUUUGACCAGGGCGACGACGACCUGCUGACCGUGUACAUUGGAGAAAUCUUUCUAGAGUUCGUCAACAUGCUGCCAGCUUUCCAGACCUACUGCCUGCAGCAGUCCACCUCGGUCAACAUGCUCAACACUCUGGAGAAAGAGAAAGAACUGCUCAGAAUAUUCCUGGAUGUUUCCCAGAACGACAACACCGCAUUGCGUCGUAUGAACCUGCGCUCUUUCCUCAUGGCGCCGCUCCAGCGCGUUACUAAGUACCCACUUUUGUUGAGCCGCAUCAUUAAGGUCACUCCUGAAUGCCACCCGGACUACGCGCGCCUCCGGGAGGCCAAAAGUCGAGUGGAGUCCCAUCUGGAGCACAUCAACAUGAAAACCAAGCAGGAGGGCAACGGCGUCACCUGGUCCCUGCGCUCGUUCCGACGCGACAGCCGCAAGAACCGGGAGGUCAUCAACAUCGAGAUGCGAGAGGUGUCAAUGAAGACCGUGGGUUGGGCAAGAGAAAACACCCGGUUUGUCAUGGAGGGACCUCUCCAGCUGUCCCAGCCGGCAGACGGUCAGUGGUUGAAAAAGGGCAGCAAAGCCCUCAAGUUCCAAAACGUGCAGAGUUUACUGAUGGUGAGGACACAGAGGGGCGGCGACUCCCCAGGGCAGGCCACUGACGUCGGACGGCAGGGGGAAGGCACGGGGGAGAGCGUUCGAGACGGGGUGCUGGUCUUAAUCAAGGACAAGAGCAGCGGGAAGUUUGCGGUGCUGAGAGAGCCGAUCCGUCUCGCAAACUGCGUGGUGUCAUCAGAUCCGGACUGCGAGGACACCUUCGAGAUCCUCGACAUCCGGCGGGAGUCGUUUGUUUUCCGUGCCUCGGACAAAUCCCGGACCCAGCAGUGGUUCCAUCAGAUGAAGAGGUACGCCCGGGAUUUGGGCUCCUGGAGAAAAAGGCGCAACGCUUUGCCUAACAUCAUGAUCAACGCCAACCAGACGCGUUCCUGAGGCUAGCCUCCACCACAUUGUUGUUCCACUGUAAAUAACCCAAAAUCUCUCAACUCCAGAAAUCCGAUUGCGACAUCUCCUGAGUAACACCGCUGUUCUGACGUGUUAGACUUCAGUAAACAAUCACACAAUCUGUCUCACAUUGUCUGUGAGAAAACGUAGCACUUUUUGUUCCCCUUAUGAAGCAGUAAGUGCGCCAUAUAAUUGUAUGUAGAUUUCAUUUUGCAGCUGUUACAAAAAAAAAAAAAAAGAGAAAAAUACCAGUUUUUUUGAACGACCAAAAAAUACUUGGGCUGUUCUUGAAAGCCUUGAUUGUAAAGACUGUUGAAUACCUAAAGGUGUGUUUGAUGAAUAGCAUGACUGAACAUGACUGGCUGCAAAAAGAAAAAGAAGAAAAAAAAACACCUGUUAUGUCAUUUUUAUACAAGACAGUGAGGAUUGCAGACAUUUUUGGUAAGAGACGUAAAGAUUUCUUCAGUUUUUUUGUUGUUUUUCAUUGGUUUACGUUUUGUUGUCACUGCCCUUUUAUCUUUGUGUGCUGCCCUCUACUGUCUGUAGGCGGCAUAACAACUUUCACUGCCAGAGAUGCAGUUGAGCAGAGCCUCUCCAUUAGGCUGAGAACAGACCUUUAACAUAUCUGUAAUUCAAAGGGAUUUCCUGGAACAGCAAUAAUCUCAGCCAGUUUAACAAAGUAGCUACUUUAAAUGCAGUUAAUUCCCUCUUAAUCUGCAGCUGAUCCUUCUGUUUUUAUGUUACUCGGCAUUGUGGCAAGUUUGAUGAUUAAUGCAUCGCUUCGCUAUUGCGACUCUAAGAAAGCCUCUGUUUUCAUCUUUGACACCGAAGUCAUCCUGUUCUCAUGAAAUUGAUUUUUAAAAAUUGUGUUUUAUGGAUGGCGUGCAAGACUAGUCAGAGAUGCACCAAGAAAUUCAGGCUACCGAUCUGAAUUAGUCCAUUUUGAACCUGUUGACCAAGUAGUCAGAAUGUCAAAUAUCCUAUGUUUUUUUCUGUCACUUGAAUGCACCACACCUCGGUGCUGGCAAAAAUACACGUAAUCUGUUUUCAGAAUCUGAGGUGUUCAAAAUUUAGUCCAAGGGGGAAACAAAUCUAUUUAAUAACAAUAAUUCAUUUCUAUGAUAUUGUGACACUUUUAUGAUUCAUUCAGACUGUGAGAGAACAAGACUUUCAUCAGAUAACAGGAAGGCUGAACGUUUUACAGCAAAGUUGCUUUGUGUAAUUCGAUGGCACUUUUAUACUCUGUCUGUGAUGGAUUAUGCUGGAUUUCGAAAUGUUCGCUGCCUUUUAGAAAUUCAAGGAUCUUUAUUUUAGUGCUACUAGCCAUGCUAAUCACCAAUACAAGAUGCUCAAAAUGGUUCAAAUUGUCAACUCUGUGAAUUUUAUGUCAUUUCAAAAUUGUACAUUCCUGCUUUUCUGUGACUUCUCUGUCACACAUGGCGUGGCAGUUCCCCCUGUCCAAAUAUAAAUAUCUGUUCAUUGCGGGAUGGAUAAGAAAUAUAUUGAAUUCUGUUCUUAGAGAAAUUUAAUUAGUGUAAAAUUGCUGAAGGCAUUUCAGAGCUUUACAAAUGCUGGGGAUUGUAUGUCGGCCACAAAACGGUGCAUCUCUAUUACUAGUCGGCCCCUUUGAUUGUUAAGGGCAGAGUUUUUCAUCCAUUUACUCCGUGCAUCAGCAGCUGCAUAGAUUGAAACUAUAAUAGGUGCACUUUCAUUUCUUUAAUUAAAUACAAGUUGUUUUUUGUCACUACAUAAUUCAAAUAAAUUCCUCAGCUCUUUUAAAAAGUUAAUGGAGAAGAAAUUGCACUCUUAGACCCUGAAAACCAAAGUGCUUAGUCUUACACUUUACACAAUUAUGAUUAUAAAGAGAAAAAAAAAAUUACAAUUUGCCAUUUUAUUUUCAGGAAGUGACCCAUUUCGGUUUGUCGGAUCAUGUCUAAUUGUCUCAUUGUCACAAACGGUAAGCAUUCUGUACGAAGGCUGAAAAACUCUGCUCACCUGACGACACCAAGGCUGGGAGAGAGCGUCCCGAUCAUGUCACCAUGGCAGGUUAUUAACUGUGUUCUGAGACCAGCAAUGAGCUGUUGUGCCUUUCUACUUUAUUACUGUUAGACGAAGACUGACAAAUUCGCAAUCUUGCCACAGUAGCAUUGAUCUCCACUAAACAGACGAGCCUGCCCUCCAUCUGCACUCACAGGCAAUAUAAUUAUUCCUUUUACAGUGACCUGCCUUCUUUUUUUAGUGUUUUUAACCAAUGUGUUUUUACUUCUGAAGGCUUUAGUUUGAAGCACUUUAUAUUUAAGUGAAAGAUUUUACUCUCCAGUGUAACAGCUGGUGAAAUGUGUGUUCCUUCAUUGACGAAGAUAUUGGGUCGGUCAAGCCGAUAAUUUUAGACCAUUGCUGUUAUGUUUAUUAUGAAGUAGCAUUAAGAAGAACAUAUCACUGUGUUUUGGAGGGCAGAGCUGCUCGACUCCACACUAAGGCUCAUUUGCUGUUGGGAGGACAAAAAAAACAACAUCUCAAUGUAAGAAAACAAAACCUGUAGAGUUCCUUAUGAUUUAUUUACUUUCCCCUUUUGGUUUGAAACAUUUGUAUUAUUUCUCUAGUGUAAUAUAUUGUGAAUUAUAUUAAAAAAAAGAUUUUAAACA